UUAUUUUCAGUUGAGAUUCGUCGGUCGAACACAACGGAUGGGCAAAGUUAACUAUCUCUUAGAUACAAAGCCAAAGUUUAAUAUCUGAAGAAAGAAAAAUAUGUCUGCAUAGUUUAAGUGCUGUUAUAUUGGCCAAGAAGAAAUUAAAAAAAAACUGAUAUUUUUCGAUCAUCCUGUGAUUAUAGAGCUGUUUUGCAUUCGUAACGUUGAUUCUCGCUCGAAAGUGACAUACUCUCAGUGCAUUUGUUUAAAGUCCAAACUAACUUAAGUGGCACACACAAGGCAUUUCUUUUUCACCUUUAAUAAAGAUAGGUUCGGUUAGUGAUUUCUUUUUUUUAUUUUUGUCCAUUUUGUUUGUUUAAAUAAGAUACAUACAAAAAGAUACAGUUUAUUAACCCAAAAGUUGUUGUUGUUGCUUUGUUGAGGGAAUCCCUCUUUAUAUUUGUGUCGCUGCCAUCGCUACCGCCGUUAGAGUACCUACAUUGUUUUCAUUUAUUUUUGUAUCUUUUUUUCUAAAAGAAGAAAAAAACCGGUCGUAGUUGAGUGUCAACCAAAUAAAUCUUCAGUUAGUUGCAGUACAUACAGGUCUAAAAAAGAACACUAAUUCACCAUGAUUUUAAGGAAGUCUAUUUGCACGCUCGUAUUCUUAUUCGUGUAUCAAUGCUGGGCGCAAAGUACAAAUGAACUCGAUGGUCUGCCAGAGCCAAGAGCCUAUGUUCCAGAUUCACAAUUUUUGGAUUUUGUUUAUCAUGAUCAUGAUGAGUUGACGAGGUUCCUGAGAGCAACAAGUGCCAAAUAUCCCAACUUAACUGCACUCUAUUCCAUUGGAAAAUCAAUUCAAGGUCGUGACCUCUGGGUAAUGGUUGUUUCGGCAUCACCCUACGAACACAUGGUUGGGAAGCCAGAUGUAAAAUAUGUUGGCAAUAUACACGGCAAUGAGCCAGUUGGCAGAGAAAUGCUACUGCAUUUGAUUCAAUAUUUUGUCUCCGGAUAUAAUACGGAUGCGUAUGUUAAAUGGCUGUUGGAUAAUACGAGAAUACAUAUUUUACCAUCUAUGAAUCCAGAUGGUUAUGCAGUGUCUAAGGAGGGUACUUGUGAUGGAGGCCAAGGAAGAUACAACUCACGUGGUUUUGAUUUAAAUCGUAACUUCCCGGAUUAUUUCAAACAGAAUAAUAAACGUGGACAACCUGAAACGGAUGCUGUUAAGGAUUGGAUUUCAAAGAUACAAUUUGUGCUGAGUGGAAGUCUGCAUGGCGGAGCUUUGGUAGCCAGUUAUCCUUAUGAUAACACACCUAAUUCUAGGCUGCUUAAAGGAAUUUGUCGAUCAUCAGCAUUAUGUGCGAUGUUCCAAACCUAUUCAUCAGCACCAUCCCUGACUCCAGAUGAUGAUGUCUUCAAGCAUUUGUCACUUGUGUAUGCCAAUAACCAUGCUAAGAUGUCACGCGGUGUAGCAUGUAAAUCAGCAACACCAGCAUUUGAAAAUGGCAUCACCAAUGGUGCAGCGUGGUAUCCGCUAACUGGAGGCAUGCAAGAUUACAACUACGUUUGGUAUGGUUGCAUGGAAGUGACGUUAGAAAUUUCAUGUUGUAAAUUUCCGCCAGCAUUUGAAUUGAGAAAAUACUGGGAAGAUAAUCAAUUGUCAUUGAUUAAAUUCCUAGCUGAAGCUCAUCGAGGUGUUCAAGGUUUCGUUUUGGACCCAACCGGAGGACCAAUUGAAAGAGCAUCAUUGAAGAUCAAAGGUCGUGAUGUGGGAUUCCAAACAACUAAACAUGGAGAAUUCUGGAGGAUACUAAUGCCUGGUUACUACAAGUUGGAAGCUUUUGCGGAUGGAUAUGCUCCACGUGAAAUCGAUUUUAUGGUUGUUGAACAACACCCCACAUUGUUGAAUGUAACACUUCAACCAGCAAAGAGAACUGAAGGAUCAGCUGCUCCAUUCUAUCGCCCGAUUCCCCAAUCUCAAUUCUAUCGUCCGGGACCACCACCUUCCUACACCGAUGGCGGAAUCUUCUCAUCGAUUAGCAACGGCCUCAACACACUCUAUUCUAAUAUAUUUGGCUGAUCGUUGAUUUUGUGACUUUUAUUUUUCUUAGAUUUAAGGUUAUCAUUUCUCUUAAUCAUUUCAUUGAUUGCAUUUACUUUCUUUUAUUUUGUUUUCUAGUGCGUUUGUAUCUGUUACAAUCUGUGUACAUAAAAUAUCUUCAAAAAUUACAUUAUUUAUUUUUCAUGAAAUUUUCAGCAUAAAGAUAAAAUUAUUAUAAACAUUAUUCAUUUCAUACGAAUUUGAAAACAAAAAAAAAAGAAAAAGAGUGCUCACGGCUUAAGAAAUCAAUUAUAUUGGAAUGAUGCAAACCUAUAGGAAUUCC